AUGGAAGAAUACAUCCCUCCCUCAACCAAAAUUCUUUUCCAAAGCGAUAAAGAAUAUCAUGUGUUUCUGAGUUUCAAGGGAGAAGAUGUGAGAAAGAAUCUGGUUGAUCAUCUACAUGAAGCUCUUACUACUGCCGGACUGCAUGUCUUUUUGGACACCCACAAAUUGGAAAAGGGAGAUAUGAUUUGGUCGAGCUUGGAAAGGGCAAUAGGGAGCAGUGCCAUACGCAUUCCUAUAUUUUCAACAGGAUAUGCAGACUCUGCAUGGUGUCUCAAGGAGGCUGCAACAAUGGUGAACACCCAAGGCUUGAUCAUUCCUCUGUUUUAUGAUGUAGAACCAACUCACGUUAGGUAUCCUGUGAAGGACUCCAGUCCGUACAAGCAGGCAUUUGAGAAGCAUUCUGGGCAUCCAGAUGAUCGAUACACAAGAGAAGAGAUUGAGGGAUGGAAGGUUGCUCUGGAAAAGAUCUGUUCUCGCUCAGGGUGGUCCAUGGAUAUCACUGGAGGGUAA